AUGUGGAUUCCAUUACACAUUGUAAAAAUUCGGAUAAAUAAAAUAGUAAUUUUUUGUUUUUAUUCACUGAUAAUUGUUAAUUCCCUUUGUCUUAAGACCCGCGGCUCACUAAAUGCUCCUUUAUCAUUUUUGACAUCAUUUUCUGAUCAUCGCAACCAUAAAUCUGGAUCACUUGUCAAUUUAUUUUCUAAAAAUGAAGAACAUACACACAAAGAUAAAUAUUUAAUCACUUCUCCCCUUUUUUAUCUUAAUGGAGAACCACAUUUGGGCCAUGUGUACACACUGGUGGCUUCUGAUGUGUUGAAACGGUAUUUGGUUUUAAAGGGCUACGACGUUAAACUGCUGGUUGGCACUGAUGAACACGGUUCAAAGAUAAAAUCUUCCUCCACUAAACUAGGUUGUUCCCCUAAGGAUUACGUUGUAUCCAUGAGGAAUAAGUUUUUGGAUGUCUACGGCUGCUAUGAUAUUAGUCCCGAUAUUUUGGUACACACUUCCGAAGAUGAGCACAAAAAUAGGGUCAAGCGCACAUUUGACAUUUUGUUACAGUCUGACGAUAUUUACAGGGGCUUGCACCAGGGAUACUUCUCUCCCGCUGAGGACUGCUACUACACCAAGUCUAAGCUGGUCAGUGGAAAGUCGCCGCUAGGGUUUGAUGUUGAGUUUGUCGAGGAGCCUGCUUAUUUUUUCAGGCUGAAUAAGUGGAAAGAUCGAAUAAAGAACUUUUUUUCCCGGAACCCGGGUGCGAUACUGCCUGCACACCGGUUAAAUGAGGUAAAUAACAUUUUGGGUUCUGACUUGAACGAUGUUGCAAUCACCCGGUCCAGUUGCGAUUGGGGCGUUGAGGUUGCUCAGGGUGAGACCAUUUAUGUUUGGUUUGACGCUCUACUUGGGUACUUAAGCCACUUAAAACUAGGCGAUAGUGGCUACGUGCCUGACAAUUUGAGGCUUAUUCACGUCUUGGGCAAGGAUAUCUUGAGCUUCCACGCUCUCCUGUGGCCCGCUAUGCUUAUGUCUCUUGGUUUGGAGCUGCCUUGUAGGUUCAUAUCUCAUGGCUGGCUUCUUUCACGCGGCGACAAGAUUUCCAAGUCCCUCAACAACUCAGUUCCCGCCCUCCCUCCCCCCCAAAGCAGUGACGUCUGCAGACUUGCCUUGAUGAACCUUGGCGACUUUAGCAGCGACUUUGAGUUUGAUUCCUCCAUUUUCGAGACUUCCCACAACAUCAUUCGCAACAAGUUUGCAAAUACGUGCCACAGGAUCACUUCGGUCAUUAGCCUGAGCGGGAUUGAAACCAUCAAUUCUCCCUUUUUUGACCUCAGUGAUCUUGCAAAUGACCACUUAACCAGCUCUCUUUUUGACAGAUUUAGCACUUAUCGCACACACUUGGACUACCACGUCAAGUCUUUUCGCUUUGACAAGUAUAUUCAGGUUCUCAUUGACCUGUCUUAUGAAAUCAAUAAGUUUAUUGAGGACAAGCAGUUUUGGCUAAUCGACUCUCACUCAAAAGAGUUUAUCACUACUGCUUGGACUGCCUGUUCUCUUCUGUUUCACCUUGGUCUUUUUCUUAUGCCAAUUGCCCCUAGGCUAUCCUGUGACAUUAUCUCCAGACUACGGCCAAGUUUAUCCGGCAAUAUGGUAUCCAACCCUUCUUUUGACUGUUUGGACAACAUAAUUCAAUUUUCAUACAGUCCCAUACACGUAAAUCAGCUAAUAUGA